AUGAAUGAAACAUUUACUUUAUAUAAUCAAAAUUCUGAAUAUAAUCAUGAAUCAAUUCUAAAUCAAAUUAUUUAUACUGAAAAUAAAAAUGGAUUCUAUGCAUCGGAAACAACAAUGACUAAUUCAUUAAAUCAUCUAAAUAAUGAUCUACAAAAUACUGUAUUAUUCAAAUCAUGUACAAUAAAAUCUAAUAUAAAGGAUGUUGAUCAUGAUAGUAAAGAUAUUUCAUUAAAUCAUUUUAAUAAUGAUUAUCCAUUAGCUCAUUCCUCUCCAAAUUCAUUUAUAAAUGCUCCUCAAUGUGCUGGAUGCAAACAAUUGGUAAUGGAUCGAACUAUUCUACAAGUUCUUAAUCAGAGUUGGCAUGUAAACUGUUUGAAAUGUAUGGAUUGUGGUACUUCAUUAUCAGAGAAAUGUUUUGUACGAACAGAUGAACUGUACUGUAAAGAAGACUUUUUUCGUCGCUUUGGAACAAAAUGUGCAGGUUGUGAUAAAGGUAUUCCACCAAUGGAAGUUGUUCGGACAGCUCAAGAAAAUGUAUAUCACUUAGAUUGUUUUUCAUGUGUCAGCUGUGCUCGUAUGUUAAAUACAGGCGAUGAAUUCUAUCUAUUACGUGAUCGGAAACUAAUGUGCAAGUCAGAUUUUGAAACUGCUAAAGCUCGAGAAGCAGAAUUAGACAAUGCUAAUAAACGUCCUAGAACAACUAUUUCAGCUAAACAACUGGAAGCACUUAAAAGAGUUUAUGGUGAAAGUCCAAAACCGGUACGUCAUAUCAGAGAACAACUUAGUGAAGAGACUGGUUUAGAUAUGCGUGUAGUACAAGUAUGGUUUCAAAAUCGUAGGGCAAAAGAGAAAAGAUUAAAAAAAGAUGCUGGAAGGAAUAUCUGGUCAAUUUCUGACUCUUUAUUAAUCAGCAGUGCAAAUACAAGUACUAAUAGUAAUACACCUGUUUGUAUGAAUGAACCAUACUUAUUUUCAACAUGUUCAAAUGAUUUAGAUAAAAGUUCUGCACCAUACUGCGGUGAUAAUUCAAUUAUAUUAGAUGAUUCAACUAGUGGAGAUGAAUAUUUAUCUAAGGAUGAAUUUCAGGGUUCUGGUUCAAGUGAUACAGACAGCAACUGUUCAGAAGAACCUGAAGAUUUGAAUCAGUCUUUAAAUUUCUCCGUUGUAUGCGAUCCUACACAUUCGAAGCAUACUACAGAUAUACCAACCACUGAAAAGUUAUCAUUAAAUAAAGAUGAAUUCCUAACUCAUGACAAUAAAUCUGCAAUUUUUCAGGCAUUUUCAAAGUCUACCUUAUACGAGAACCAUUCAGUUCACGAUUUAGUUUCAACAAAAUCAGAACAAGUACAUGAUGUAAAGUUCCAUGGUUCUACUCAAACAUGGUUAUCCACUCCACGGCCUCUUCAAAAUCAAGGCUUUUCAAUUGACAAUCAGUCGUUCAAACCAGAUAAUGAUAAUAUUAUCUUAAAACACAGUAUAGAAAAUAUCAGUAUUUUAAAUGAAUCAGACAAUAAAAAUCAUAACAUUUUACGUUUUGAAUCAAAUCCAUUUGUUUCAAGUUGCAUUGGCUUGAAUAAGCAAGUUGUAUCUAACAGUGAAUUGUCAACAAAAGAAACAUAUUUACAGCCUGUUGACUUCUAUCCUUAUUGUCUAAAUGCAAGCAGUCUUUCACAAUAUGGUAUUCCACAAUCAAGUUCAUCAUAAAUAAUCCUGCUUAAAAAUUAACCCAAUAAUAAUGGUAUACCAUCACACAAAAUGAUGUGAUUCAUACGAUCCUUUUGUAGCUAUCAGAAUAUAUUACGGCAAACAUUUUGCUUAUCAUUUACAAAACUAAUAAUAGAUUAUGGACACAAAAAAUACAAUAGUACUGAAAAUCUUUUUUUUUUCAGUAGUAUUUAACAAAAUGAAAUUCAUUAUCUGAAUUCAGAAUUUUUGGCAUAUUCAUAAUGUAUUUCACUCAUCUUUAUGUUAACAUCUAUGCUACUAGUCUCUAAACAUAUUUCAUUUUGUUGGGCAAUAUUAUUCAAUUUGUUCUAUUGUAUAAGUAUUGCUUUUAAAGAAAGACUAUCCAGUUAGUUCAUCAUGUAUCUACAUCAGUUUAGAUUAUCAUUAUUUAAUUUGGAUUUAAUAACUAAACGUCACUUGUAAAAUUGUUUUACAAUGAAUUCAAAUUAUGAAUAAGACACUUUCAUUUCAAUUUAGUCCUUCUAAAAAGUAUGAGAUAAGGUUCACACUUAAAAUUCAGUUAACUUUACCUAUUCAAUUUUUUAUUUGUAUUUUAAAGUGAUUUAUUAGAACUUUCUUAUUAUUGUAUCUCUAAAGUCAAUUGUGUUUACUAAUUGAUAAGUUAACAAUAAGAUGGUUAUCUUUUGGAGAUGAAAAAAACACACAUUUAAAGUGAACAGAAUCUCAUUAGUUACAAGAUUACGUAAUUUUUUUUCUAAUAGAAUUUGUAUGAUUUGACUGUUAACUACCAUUCGAUUGACAUUAAUUUAUGAAUAAUUCUAUUUCCAUGUCAUACAGUUCUCAAUAAUAAUAAAAUUCUAUUCCC